AUGAAAGAGAUGAAUCAGAAAAUGGGGACUCACAAGUUCAGAUUUUCAGACAUUAUGCCUCACUCAUGGCUCUAUAAGCUCAAAGGCAUCAGCAGAAGUAGCAGAAAACACCUUCCUUCUUCUCCCAAACACCAGCUUUCUUCCUCUGAUGCUUCUACCUCAAGAAAGCUCCGUGACUCUCUUCGUCUUUCUUCACUUGCUCAUCAUCAUCCCCAAGCUUCCUCUUCACCCCCCAAAUCUUCUUUCAAGAGAAAAACCAAACGUAAAACCGUUUACAAGCCUUCCUCUAGGCUCAAGCUCUCGUCCUCCUCCUCCUUCAACAACUCUCAUGUUUCUCUCACCACUUCUCGGAAUCAUCGCUCUAAAUCAUCCUCUGCAUCAAAUGCAAUCAUUAUGGAGCCUUCUCUCAACUCUCAUGUUUCUCUCACUUCUUCUCGGAAUCAUCGCUCUAAAUCAUCCUCCGCAAAUGCAAUCUCUGAUUCCACAGUUGGAAGCUCGUCAGAUCCUGUGUCAAUACCUUUCUCUGGCGUUUCUAGUGAUCCUGAAACACAUUCAAAUGACAUCAAGGACGAACACUCUGUGAGGAAGCUCGAUGAUGUUUCAGAAAACUCGAGUCCUGUUCUGGUUGAGACUGUAAAGGAACCACUCAUUGAUAUAAGGACACAGCAGAAGCUCAAGAAACCGAAAGCUCGUUCUUCAGGGAUAAAGAUUCGUGCAAAUUCACCAAAGAUCGCAAGAAAGAAGACAAAGGGAUCAAGAACGUCCCCUGAAUCAAAGACUGCAGAAAGUUUUGCAAUAGUUUUGACUUCGGUGGAUCCAGAGAGAGAUUUCAGAGAAUCAAUGGUUGAAAUGAUUGUGGAGAAUAAGAUGAAGGAACAGAAAGAUCUUGAAGAUCUUCUCGCUUGUUACCUUUCGCUGAAUUCGAGUGAGUAUCAUGACAUUAUCAUCAAGGCCUUCGAGAAAACAUGGUUUCAUUUAACUCACCUCACCUGA